UCACACGGAGGACCAACAGUACAAAGAUUCUUUAGUUGGUUGUUCCUUCUUCUUAAGGAUUGUUACACACGGUGGUCGUCGCCUACGUUUUUUUAGUCCUAUCGCACACGGUGUUCUUACGUAUCGAGCUUCGAUGAAUCUCCAGUGAUCUUUGUUGUAUCGGAAGCAGUGGUUGUCAAGCGAAGCGAGGCGAGUCACAUGUCUAAGAUUUCACUGCGGUAACCUUUGAACCGUGUGCAGCUGGUGGCUACUGUAACUGUGUUUCUAAAGGAACGCGAUCGUUAGAUUGCUACUCUUUAGGAAAGAGGACUGGACAUUUGCUUCUAUUCCGUUUUGCAUUUGUGAACCUUAAAUCUGAAAGGAAGGGUAUUCUGGAGAAGCUAACUUCUUCGUUGGGAAUUGCGAAUUCUUGAAAGUGAGACUUAUAUCGUUGCGACUAGAGAUCAUGGGAAUGUCCUCGAAGUUCGUGAAUGGACUCGGAGAAGUCUGAAUUUCGUUGCGAUGUACGUGUGUGAGGGGUGAUUUUUCUUGCGGAUGGUCCGACCGCAGGUUUCGAAAACCCGCGAAACGCGGCGAGCAGGCACGGUUCGACGACGAUCAGACCGACAUCGCGGCUCCCUCGUCCCUUCGCGUUCUCCCCACGCGAUCGAUUUUAUUUCCUCGCCUCGGGGAUGAUUCGCCGCGUACGAGCACGCGAACAAAGCCGCGCGGCGCGCGAUGGUUAACCUUUGAACGGUCGACAGCUCGGCAAACAUCGUUACCGUGGCGGGGACUUUUUCCAGAUGGCUCUUUUCGACGCUCGGGUCCUCAUUACCCGCGUUAACUCUUUGUCUCGCGCACGAAGGCCGAUGCCCGGGGAGUAAAGGAGAAUCAAAGGAGCACCCGUGAAAUGGAAAAGCUCGCGUUCUGACUAAGGAAAACAUUCCAACGUACCCCGGAACCAACUCGACGAGCUCAACGAUGAAUCGAGAGAACGAAGAACAGCGACCGGAGUCCCAGACCCUGUGCGGAGCGUUGCAGAAGGAGCCGAACUGCAAGUGCUUGGUGCUUUCCGUGUUAAUAUACGGGUGUCUUGCCGCAGUGACGUGGUGUAGAUGCGCGAAUGUCACCAAGAACCUAUUCCAGGUCGUAAUUAACUAUUCGAGGUUCCCGAUUAAAAGCACUAGACAGGUGUCCCCGUGCGACGAUGGAUACAUAUACAUUCCCGUUGCGUUCAUGGGAAUGCUGUACCUGGUUUACCUAGUCGAGUGCUAUCACUCGCCUAUCAGAAUCGAUCUGCUGCACGCGGAGAGCCAGGACAGCGUAUUAUCGAAGCUGUCGCAGCUGAAAUCCGCCCAGCCGACGAUCUGGUGGAAGGCGGUCUCCUAUCACUACGUGCGCCGGAAACGACAAAUUACCCGGUACAGAAACGGAGACAAUUACACGACGACGCAGGUCUACUAUGAGAGGAUCAACACUCAUGCAGCGACGUCCUUUUACUACUAUGACUACUGCGGGGUGAAGGACAUCAGCAAGGAGUUGAUCAUGGACCCAAAAGUGCCAAUCACGAAGAUCAACCUGAGCAAAGGGUUCGCGUUCUCCAACAUGAGAUCGGCGACGGAGUUCGAGGAGGCUAGGUCUAGAUUCUUCGCGGAACAAGAGUUAAGGGACGACUACAUGGAAAUGCGGGAAGGACUUGAUUUAGGGUACAAUCCGAACCCCACGACUCUGGUGGCUGUCCUUGGCAACCCGUGGUUCACCAAUCGUUACGUCUACUGGUCUCUUAGCGCUCUGUUGCUCAGCUGGCCGUUGAGGGUCAUCAUAGAGUACAAGACACAGUACGCGGACUAUCAGAUCACCAAACUGUUCGGUAUCAACUACGACACGCCAAGCGGAAGCGAACCGAUCCACGCUUCCAUGAGCCAGCAGACGAUCAGUCAACCAGGAUCCUACAUGCUGGCGCCGAGCUACAGCGAGGCGUUGCUGAUGGAUCCCGUCCCCGAUUCAAGAGCCGCUCAGACUCAAGAAGACGGAAUAACGGAUAUGGUGCCAAGCUACUCGGAAGCCUUGCUCUACCAGCGCGCGGAUCAAGACUCUAUCGCGAACAGAGAAGCAAACGAGGAGUCCGUCAAUUGCUACGAGAUGACGAUACGCGAGUGUUCCUGUCCCUGUCAUGCGUCUAUCGAAAAUCGGUCCCUGGAGGAUGCCUUUAGACAAGAAGAAGAUGGCCAACAGAAUGACGCGAGCAGACAGCCUCUAAUGGAGACUGCGAUCGACGUUCACCCUCCGCCAUGCAUGUACACCCUCCAAACAGAGACCGGGAAGUGCGGUAGCUGCGGGAAGUACUUCGUCGAGGCGCAAUUAGAAACUGAAUCCUCUAGAGAGCCCUGUACUAGUAGUUCGUUAGAAGUGACGGGGGCUAUUAGAAGAGAACCGCCUAACGGUGUAAUCCCUAGAGACAUGUCCGAGCCGAAUCUGAGGUGUAGACCGGAACUGAUAGAGACUGACACGAGGUUCCUCCGGUUGAACGGUCAGAGCUUGAGGAAUAUCCUGGAAAACGAGCAAGAGGAAGAGUUCAGCAGCGACGAGAGGAUAGGGGAGCCGAACGAGGGCAGACUAAGCGCUCGCGUAGCGAGGGGGAAGUUCAGAUUUUCUCUAUGCUCAUUAGACGAGGCGAGUUCGAGGUCCAGAGUCCCGAUAGACGUCAGCAGAGGCGCCAUACCGAAGAGGACGGCAGGUCGAAGCAGGGUGAUCGCGAACCCCAUGUCGAACGACUCUUGCGGACUGCCCGACUCGAAAACCUAUUUCUGUCUGAAGUCGAUUCUGAAGCAGAACAAACGAAGAUACACGCUGAUCACCGCCGAGGAGCUUCAGGACUUCUCGAACAGGGCGAAGGGCGAUCGAGAAGGGCGGAGCGAGAACAGAGCCUCGUAUCACGAGGGCUGCACACCUGCCAUCGCCUUGACGAGCAGCGCUGCUAACAAGUUCAAUCCGUUUUCGAAGUCCAGAGAGAGUUUGGACGGUAGAAGGAAAAAGCUGUUAGAGGAUCUACCCGUGGACAAGUGCGAGGAGCUUCCUGGAUGUUCUAAACGCGAGAACACUAGAACUCUGAUCUUCGCGAGUCCGAUUCAAGAAGUGUGCCCUGGAGACCCAUUCGGCGGCAAAGAUGUAAUCCGAACGAGGAAGGAGGUGGAUUCCACGCCGACCGAAGAUUCAUCGAGUCACACGGUGUUGACUCAGUUGGGAAGAUCACUGGCUUGCGAUCGGAAGGCGUCGAGACGCCGGCUCCAAGAGUCCAGGAGGCAAAGAUACUCGGACAUCACGCAUCCGUCCUCUUUCUCUUGUCCACCCGAUCGACAGCAUCCUUAUCCUUACGCUUUCUCGGCGUCCACAGACGCAGUGGACACUAUUGACUUUGACAAAGGCCACACUUCGGCUAAGGUUUACCAACAGGGUACAUCUUUUCCGCCGUACGAAGGCUCCAGUUGCAACAGCGUCGUUGUUAGUCGGUCCAAGGAUCAAGCGGUCAUGGAAACCAGCUUCACGUCGCCCAGCAGGGAGCUAACUCGAUCUUACACUGAGAGAAGAGCGAGGCCCGUUCGAAACGAUGCGAAUAUACGGAGAAGUUUCACUGGACGAGUCGAGGACUACCGAACGGAGAACAACAAAUGGCCGAAUCUAAAUAUGGAGACCUCGUUAUAACGAAGGAACGCUGCCGCCUGCGGAGCUCCGGACUAUCCGUUCGCACGGGUAAUCAACAAUCCUCUUCACGCUAAACGGAUGCUUGACAAUCCGAUCGUGAACGUCUAAAAGUCUCGCGAAGAUUUUUUUCUGCUCUUUCAACAGCCUAUUCAUUUCUGUAACUUGAAAUUGUAACACACGUUCGAGAUGUUACUCAUCACGCUGCUAUUUGUGCGAAGUAUUUUCUAGAAAGCGGAAGUGAUCACGAUCGGGAUCGUGGAGUAUUAACGAAUUAAUCGAUACUUUUCAUCAUGUAUUACGAAGAUUCAGACAAUUGCCAUGUUUUCCGCGAGAAACGUUUUACUUUUUCGUAUCAAAUGUAUCUAAGAUUCGUAAACGUUUACGAUCGUUCCGAAACGAAAGCGGACGAUCCGUUUAGUCCAGAUUCGCGAGCGAGUUAGUAAAAGUACGAGCGUUUAACACUUUGAGUGCCACGUUGCGUUGCCCGGGCGACAACCAAAAUGUCAAAGAAAAAUUUGUAUUCGAGUUCCAGUUCCUGUAAAUUAGCUCACGAGCAAUUCAAAUUCUCGCGUGCACCGCCGCAACUUAUUCACGAGUUCUGAUGAAGACCGAAAAUUCGGGACUAUGUCAUUCGUUGGCUCAAAGUUACCGGUACGUUGUGCAGAGGGUUCCGAAUCUCACGAAAAUUCUCUGGCAAUGAAAGUGUUAACUGUAUAAAUCAGUGAUGAGCAACCCGCCUAUCGACCAUCCGCAAUAACACGAACACGAAGAGAUUCGAUCCAACAAAUUACGGAUUUUUAAGGGGACAAACUAGAUUUUCUAAGGCUGCGAGACGUUCGAUCUCCGAGGUGAAAAGAUUCGGAAAAAAAACAAACAAAUGGUUUCUCGUCGCUGGUGGGGCCGGAGCCCCAGUCGCCAGGCUAAUCGAAAUGUAAAUAUCCGUCCUGCCGAUUUUCACGGUUCAAGAUUCUUGUACAUAGGCCGGAAGUCCCGGCGAUUAGCGUCGGCCCGGGCUAUUGCCCGGCCCGAAACCGCCUUUGCUUGAAGCGUACGCGAGUUUCGACGGUAGAGAUCGUCGCUUACAAUGCUGUCGGUGUUGCCAAUGGAGGUUCGUUAAGUGCCCAUCCCCGCCCGAAACCCUGGAAUCUUGAGAAGCGAGCGAAAUUCGAGAGGACAAGAGGCUAGGCCCGCGUGAGCCGCUUCGCGCCACGAUCGCGAAUCCGAUUCCUCGCGAGCGAUAUGAUUCGGCGUCAAUUAUGCGCAUACACUUGUAGCUGAUAAGCUUCGUCGACCGAUGAUCGGGAUAUUCGAGGCCGGAGAAGGAUUUUCCGGGACGCAGUUAUUUGCUAUCGGGAUUCGGUAAAACGGUAACCGAGAACGAACUUCGGCCGGACAUCGAAUAAUUUCGAAGUUCGAACUGGAUAGGCAACUGCGGGUAUCGGUGAUUGUUUGUCUUUGAAGUUGGGAUUCAAGCCGAAACUUUCCGGUAUUAUUGACUCUGCUGCUCCGAAAUUGUGUUACCGUUUAUGUCGGUGGUUAUUUCAGCCCUUCGAGCGAGCACCGAAGUAAGUUUAUCCUAAUUUCGUAGUUUGAACAGUAGUUUGACUGCGGUGGCAGCGCGUAUCGCUAAUUAUUUGCGUCCCCGGAGAUAAAACUGAAGCGGAUGUAUCUGAAUUUCGCAAUUGAAACUUUGGUAAUGGAUGCUGCAGGUUAUUUAUAUCUUUGGUGCGGAAUUUAAACAAAAUGCAUAUUGAUUUUUAUGAUUCCGUCUUAGCAAUUAUAGAUACCAAUGAUUACUUAGGUCUUCCAAGCUGAAAUUCAAAAAGAUUCGUUCUAAUUUUGAAAUUAUAUCUUAGUGGCCACAGAAAUAUGAAUGAUUAUUCAAAUUUACAAAGCUAAAAUUGGCAUAGGUUCUCCCCAGUUUUACUCGUCCAUCCAGUCUAAACUAACGAACAAUCUAAACUUACUUAACUCUUUAAGGUUGACAUCGGUCUAGAUUUCUUCGAUCCUUGAUCAUACUUUCGAUCAGAACUUUGUGUCCACUGAUAUUAAUGAAUUCUAGUGGUCGACGAAGAUGAUAAGCUUUCUUAUGAAGACCGUUAUGUUAUCGAAACCGUUCAUUCAUGUGGCAUCUUACACACACGCGUGCAUACGUUUUCAGACGAUUUUACGCUUUAAAAACAAAAGCAGACACUGUCGCGUGAUAAUUAGCAUCGAAUGAUCGCGGUAUCGAUUCACACGGGUCAUGUGGAACUAACGAAAACCGUUCGCUCAAGCGGAAGCAAACAACUUUAGAUUCUAAACAAACGAAAUCGAAGAGAAAUCCGUGCCGAAAACGAUUGAAAGUCUUCGCUUUCCCGCGCAUAAAUACGGAAAUAUAUUAUACAAUCUUCGUCUGUACUCAUUAUGCGUUCAAAAGUUCCGGGUCAGAAGUCAAUUAAUUAAAAACUAACUCUCGUAACCAAUUAAAACGAAACAAAAAUUAUACACCGAAGAGUUCCAGGGAAGAAUGUUUAUGGAAUUCAAAAAGGAUUGUAAAAAUAAUGAUCCACUUAUGGUAACAAAAUUUGCAAAAAAAAAUGUGAGAUGAAACAGGGACCCCAAAUUUUGAACAAUAAUGUGUGUUUACGUACAGAAUGUCAUACGAUCGUUAAUCCAACCGAAAGUCCGUUGAUUUUUUAUACACAAAAUAUAUGUAACAAAUAUGAAGGAAAUUUUGUCGUGCGUGAUUUCUUUUUCGAGAAAAUUGAAUUUGAAUUUUAAACGCGCCUGCCAUGCUGCGUAGGACCGUUACGCGCGCCAUGUUUCUGCGCAGGCGCAACCGUUCGAAGUUCAAAUAGAUUCUUCUCGUACAUGACGCCAUUACGAAUGAAGAUUAUAUUUGAUACCUUUCCUUUUUUCACAACAAAAUUAUUGCUCUUUCGAUUGGAUUGCGAAUCACAGGACACCCUGUAUAUUGUACAAUAUAUUUACACGAUAUAUAUUUUUGUCUACGCGUCCGCUCUACCCGAGACGAAAGAGGUUAUCGUAUUCCGAUCGUUUUUACCGGUCUCUCGAGAUUUUCACCGAGAACUUUGUAUUAUUAGACGAUAUACAUACGUAUAUACAUAUAUAAAUAUAUACUAUUAUUAUAUGUUACUGUGCACAGUAAUUGCUGCAUCAAAGGUACGACUUAACCAAAAAUAAUUCGAUCAAUUAUUGGCUCUUCUUGAUGCCGCAAUUCUUCUGCGCAGUAAUAUAUAUUAACGCGGAGCAAGAAAACGCACCGUUAUGCUUUUAGGGAAAUAUUUUUCAUAUACUCGACGAUUGUGUAUCGAUGCCAAUUGCUAAUCGUGAUAAUCAUUGAUAGAGAACAUUAGGUCGACGAUCGUUAUGCUCGCGGUACAAUUAAGACUUUAAAAUUUUAUUCGUACGAAUUCAUAGACAAUUAAAAAAUUACUUGAGUAUAAAAAAACGAGUCGGAUUGAAAGCAGUUUAUACUUUCGUUUCUGUAAAUCGAGCUUCGAGAAAAUAGAUCGGCCAUCUAUCUAGCGGUCGAUGCGGUUACCAACCCCUCCUUGCAUUGGAUAGGUUGCCAAAAUUAACUUUUCUCUCUUAGCGGUUAAAUAUUAUAUUAUAUAGAAACCUUAAUUGUACCACGAUAAUUAUUUACGAUAAGUAAACAUCAGGACAUUUCGAAGUCCUUAUUACGUGCAUAUGUGUGUACGUGUAAUGAAAAUCAAUCACUCUCACUUUUUCAAAUUUAGAAUUAAGCGAGCAGGAAUUAUACAAUCAAAAUUACAAUUCUACUUAUUAAUUGGUUCCUUAGGUUUAAUUAUAACUAAUUCGGCCAUCAAUGGUUUAAUCAACUUGUUGUUCAUAUAUAAUACUAAGAAAUAGAUAUGUAGUCAAGAUGCACUCACCAUCUUCACCGCAUCUCGAAGAAUCGUUGAAAUAUAUUGGACCAUCAGGAAACUUCUACAUCGAACAGCAGAUCCUUUCUUAGACGCGUUGAGUCUUUAAUAAAAUCGUGGGAUCCACUUUACAAAACGUUUCGAAAAUGUUUUAGACACGCGAGAACACUUCCCGACGUACACACAUUCGCACUACGUACCGCGUUUUUCUACUGGAAAUGUGGUCCGAGCGAGAAUCGCAAGCGAAUUCGAUUUACAACUUUAGCGCGAAAUUCAAAACGCGACGUAAGCCACUAGUCGAGCCGCCGCAUAGACGUAGACUUUGCAAGUUUGUUGAACGACGAGCGACGAAGCAUGUGAUAACAGAAAUUCGAUACUUUACGUGAACCGUUUAAUACGUUCGUGGAUUUUAAGCGUUAAAUCUGUUUGUCACAUGAAUUAGUACAGUAUCAGAAUCCUAGGUUGUGUGGCUAUACAGACCCUCAAUUUUAAUACUCCAACAUAAAAGGUCGAAAGUAUACUAUCGAAAAGACUAAAUAAGGAACAUGACUGAAAAAAUGUUUACCCUAUUUUCAAUAAUUUCUUUAAAAAUGUUAUCUUCACUAAUUAUAUGUUGUAUUACAAUGAUCUUGAUGAGAAGGUUAUAUGUAUUACGUGUAUUUGUAUAUAGGUAAGUCUUAUGAUUUCAGUCGAAAAGUUUUGACUUUUAAAUUUGCCCUUUUAUACGAACAGAAAAUGGUAAAUACCUGUAAAGGUGCAUGCUAAUAAUGCUUGAAACCAUGAACGUGUUAAAUGUCUAGGCAUCUCAGGAUAACACACGGGAUUACUAUUUAAGUUUACGCGUAAAACGAGUAAUGUAUGGUAAGUUUUUAUUCCGCGUGAAAAAGAAUUCUUGGCCACCGGUUGCAAAGAGGCACUUUCCACAAUGGCGGAUGUACUACUGUAAACAACAUGGUCGUCAAACUGAAAUAUACAAAUUAUAAUUAAUUUUCUCGUGAAUUUUGCAAAUAUAAUGUAUAAUUGAAAAUUUUAAUUAGAACAAUUCCUUUAACUUUUAGUAAUUUACAGACUUCAGAAAUAUUACAGUUAAAGAACGGUUUAAUAAAUUAAAUACUCAUUGACUAGUGUCGUACAAUAACGUUAAUUUUGAAAGUGUCUCUUCAACGUUCGAAGAGAUCAGACCAUAGGUGAAUGAAUGCAGAUAUUGGUAUUAAAGAUAUGCCGAGACUUUCAUCGUAAAAUAGGUAAGUGAGUGAUCAACAAUUUAAAUUUAAAUUUGAAUAAUAACGUUCAUCGAUAAAUGGAA